AUGGCGUCCAAUCCUGGCGACGAUCAGCGUGUGAGCGAACUGUUUGCCCAAGUUGUCGGGAAGUCUAAAUCCAUUGUCCAUGGAUUUCUUUCCAUGGAUACGGCGUCCGACUCAGCCGCCGUGCAGCUUAUUUGGAGCAAAAUGGAUUUGGUAAACAAUGUGACGUACAAGUUUCACCAUUGUCACCACGUCAGUGCUCUCAGUCAAAAUCCAAAAGUUCAUUCCUCAGGAUUCCCUACUGAGUAUUCCUGCGAUUACACGACUGUGUCUCCCUCUGGAAAGCGCAUAGUGAUAGUAAAAGUGGAGAAAUCAAAGGAAGAUAGCGCACCCGAGGGCAUUUUUUGUGUGUUCGAAGAGAACAAGUUAGUAUCCUCAUUCAAGGCCCCAAAGACGCUGCACGGAGCUAUCUACCUUGGAGAACGAGAGGGUGGCAUCGCUUGGUCGAAUGAUGAGAACACGAUCGCAUACGUUGCAGAAAAAAAAGUGACUGAGUCACCAGCGUAUUGGAAAAAUGUUAACAAUGAGCGCGAAGAGGAGGGAAUGUCAAAGUGUACGACUCUCCAUGCUGGGACCAAAUUUAAAUAUGUUGACGACUGGGGUGAACAGUAUGAAGGCAAGAAGACAGCGUCGAUUUAUCUGGCCACUCUCGCGACUGGGAAGAUUCAAGAGGUGAAAGGUGUGCCAGAGAAUUUAACUUGUGCAGAUGUGGCAUUCGUGCCCGGAGACAACGGGUUAGUGUUCGCAGCUACCGAGACGAACAAGCCCAAGCGAUUAGGUAUCGUAUAUUGCCACAACCGACCAAUUACACUUUAUCAUGUAGUGUUGGACAAGAAAAAUGCAACAAAUAAUGUUGUCAAGAAGGUGGAGUUGCAAUUUAGUGAUGAAGGGAGCAAAGAAGUUGGGACGAUGAGAAGUCCGCGCUUCUCACCAAAUGGCAAGCAGCUGGCAUUCCUUGCGACCCGAGACAUUGCCACCCAUAAUACGUGUAGCUUCUUGUGUGUAAUGGACUGGGUUACGAAACAGACCUCCACUGUCAUCCCCAUCAAAGAUGAACCUGAGAAGUCAAUGAUCGAUAUCACCAAAGCAUUCAAUGGCUUGUUUAUCACUUCAUUGCGUAGAAACGCGUGGUCAUCGGACAGUAAAAGAAUUUUCAUCGAGACUCAGGUAGCCUCUCGGGUCGUUUGGAAAUACGUCGACGUUGCUACAAAAACCCUUAUCUCUCCUGAAUACGUUGAAGGCUGCAAAAUUGCAGUUGAAACCGUGCUGGAUCGCAAAGACGACCAUUUUUUAGUGCUGGUUAUGUCUCCACUACGUCCUGGUAGUGUUUUUCUGGUGCACAUUGAUCCAGCUACUGGAAGACACAUGCGAAAGCCCCUUUCCAUCGACGAUCAAAAAGGGGCCACAGCGUUCAUUAAGAGCUGGAAAGUUAUAUCUAUUCCAGCGUUCGUGUCAGAUCGGCCCGCUGCUGCUGAUAAGAAGAUAUUCGAAAUUCCAGCUGUGUUGGAAGAUCUCGUAAUUCCGUCGGUAUCAAGUUCAGCUGAUUAUGAAGUGACUGUAGUUAUUCCAAACUGCACCCCACCACGUGACGGGUAUCCCGUCAUCUUGGAGUUACAUGGCGGACCACACAGUAACUCUUCUGUCAUGUACCGAAUUCUGUCUGAUUUUUGGGCUGCCCUGGGUUUUGCUUCUAUUACAGUCAACUAUCGAGGCAGUACUGGAUUCGGAAUGAAAGCGCUGGAGUCAUUAAUCGGCAAAGUUGGUACGCAGGAUGUGUACGACUGUCACUAUGCACUCAAGUAUGUUUUGGAUAAUAGUUCGAAACUGGGUCUGUCUCUGGACCAAAACCGAGUGCACUGUUCUGGAGGCAGCCACGGAGGAUUUCUCGCCGCGCAUCUCAUUGCACAAUUUCCAGGAUUUUACAAGUCUAUGGUAACCCGUAACCCAGUGACAAAUAUGGCGAGUCUAUUUUACACGUCAGAUAUUCCAGAGUGGGGACUCGCGUGUGCAGGCAUCCAGCGGUUUGAAUAUAUUCAUACAUCUCAGAAACUGCAAAAUUCUAGUAGCAAUCUGCCACCAUUGACGUCAGAAGCGCGUCUGGCAAUUCUAAGCAAAUUGUGGCAGCAUUCACCCGUCAGCAACGACUUGACUAGAGUAAGGACGCCGACCCUUUUUGGAUUGGGUGGAAAAGAUAAACGUGUGCCACCGAAUCAAGGAUUGGAAUUUCGAGCGACUAUCGCAAGCUACAAUGUGCCGACACAACUCCUUUGGUACCCAAAUGACUCGCACCCACUGGGCUCCGUCGAAGCGUUUGGUGAUUUCUCUGUUAAUUGGGGCCUGUGGGUGAUCCGACACAAUCCCAAGUAG